AUGGCACACAAGGAUCCAGAAGCCAACUGCGAAUGCGAUGUACCGAUCGAUAUGAUAGCAGUUGAUGAAGAAAGGAACACGCUUGGUGCUUGGUCCUCUUCGAACCGAGUUACUCGUCCCCUUUCGAAAUGGUAUAAGCUAUUGCUUCAAGCAGGCGUGGAGCAGAAUGGUAUUCGACCGGUUCCCCCAGAGGAAAGAACAGAGACACAACACAGCAACCUCUUCACAGUCUUCUUUACCUGCCUGCUGUGCAUCCUGCCUAUCCCUACUGGGGCACUCGGCACGGUCCUGUACGGUCUGGGUCUACGAGAUGUUUCAUUGAUCAUCAUCUUCUUCAACAUAGUGACUUGCUUACCGCCGGCUUUCAUGGGUAUAGGAGGAUAUAAGACAGGAAUGCGCCAGAUGGUGCAAGCCCGAUAUUCCUUUGGGCUAUAUCUCGUCAUCAUUCCGCUCCUUCUUAAUGCUGGCACAGUAACCGGGUUCACGGUUGUGGGAUCAAUCGUAAGUGGGCAAGCUAUUGCUGCUGUAAAUAAAGAAGCGAACAUCAGCAUCAACGUGGGCAUCGGUAUCGUCUGCAUCCUCAGCUUCUUGUUAGCAUUCCUGGGCUAUAGGGCGCUCCAUCUGUGGCAACGGUGGCAGUGGCUGCCAAGCCUGAUCGCAAUAGUUAUUGCUGUUGGCUGUAGUGGAAAACACCUGGUGCAUCAGGCUGACCAUGAAUCAGCAACUGUCAAGAAUGUUGUUGGGUAUGGGAGUCUGAUGGCAGGGUAUUUUAUGACCUUCGGAGGGACUGUCUCUGAUUUCACUGUAUAUCACAGCCCUGAAGAAUCCAAGCGCAAAGUAUUCGCCUGUGUGUAUCUGGGCUUCUUAGUCCCCUCGACGCCUCUGCUCAUCCUCGGGGCUGCUAUUGGAGGUGCCAUCCCAAACGUCGAGUCAUGGCAAAUAGCCUGGAAUGACUAUGGAAUAGGUAGAGUUAUGGAUGAAAUGCUUAAGCCAGCUGGUGGGUUCGGUAAAUCCGUUCUUGUCGUACUCGCCUUGAGUAUCGUGGGAAACAUGCUGCUGUCCUACUAUUCGGUCGCUUUGUGUUUACAGAUGCUCGUUCCUGUUUUCACCAAAGUGCCACGAUUUGUCUUUGUUAUCGCCACAUUGACCAUCAUGGUCCCAAUGUCAAUUUAUGCGGCAGCACAAUGGGAAAAGUCUUUGGUGAACUUUCUGUCCAUCAUCGGUUACUGGUCUGGGUGCUUCGACGCUGUAAUCAUCGAGGAGCUCGUAAUAUUUCGAAACAGAGACUACGACUUGCUCGACCCCAAAAUAUGGAACCAAGGGCGAAGACUUCCCACUGGGCUGGCAGCUAUUGGUACAUCAAUAAUCAGCCUUGAGUUGGUUAUUCCUUCGAUGAAUACACCGUGGUUCACUGGGCCUAUAGGGGCAAAAAUUGGCGAUAUUGGCUUCGAAUCGGCUUUAGUAGUCACUGGGAUUGCUUAUUAUCCUCUUCGAACUUUAGAAAUCAGGCUGAUGGGUCGUGUUUGA